UUUAAACUUGAAAUAAUUGAUAAAUUUAGUAUUUUAGAUUAAAUCUAUGAUUCUAAGGAUUAAAAAACAGAAUUAUUGUUUUUGUAGGUGAGUUUAGUUUACACAUGGAGCAGUGCAAAUUCCAUGGAAUUAUUUCCUAAAAUGGCCAAAUUCACCAAACACAUGUGAAAUACACAGUAAAAAUGAGUUGAGGAACUUAUUUUUGUGCUUAUUUGGGAGUAUUCGAUUUUGAUAUAGUUCCAGGCCGAGGCCAAAUGAGUACAGAGAAAGAACAGCACUUACGGAACACGACGUGAACUGCUAAAAUAAUUAAAAUUAUUUUUUCCAUAAUAGAAAUAUAAUUUUAAAAUUUUACGCAGGAAAUAUAAUCGAAGUCAUAAAUUACGGAAUCCAAGCCCAGUGAGCACAUUUCUGGUUAUAACAGCUUAUUAAACGGAUGUUAUGAAAUUAUAUUAACUUAAUAUUUAAAAUUUGGAAUUUACUCAAGGAGUCAAGCUUAAUUGAUGGAAUUCUAAUACCAACACAACACAAACAGAGAAUAACUUAUUUUACAGGAUAACACAAGGAAUAAAGUGCCAAAUCAAUUAUUCACAGGAUAAAAUAAUUUGUUAAAUUUAUCUAGAGGAAAUUUAUUAAAGUUGACUGAGAGUUGUUGAUAAUUCUUGAUAACCCCAAUAAUUUGACGUUGAAUCUUGUCAGAUCUGAGAUUGAGUGACAUAACAUUUAAACCUUUAUUUGAAGUGAAAUAUUUUGUAUAUCCGAAAUUUGCUUUCCUCUUCACAUUCCCGAUUUGUAAUCAUGUUGAAUCGAAAUUCUUCCAGUUUAUUUUUAAAUUUGAUAUUUUAGUGUAGAUGGAAAAUGAAUUUUAGAUAUAUAUUUAAGGUUUAAAUUUUUAAUUUUUUAAUAUUUUAAUUGGAAUCCUAUGAAAUACGACAACUAUGGGUGUUGUCCAAUCGAAUUUAAAUAGAAGGGAAAGGAAUUACAUAGUUGAAACUCUGAAUUCUAACAGCAUUGGACAGGAACAGGAUAACAUGAGCCAGAACGUGAAACGGAAGGAAGUCUCCGUCUCCUCCAACAAUAAUUUUCGAUUUUUUUCAAAGAAUAGAUUUAAUUUAAAGACCAAGAAUGACAAGGCCGCUAAGCGGGCACAACCUACCGAGCCAAAAAAACAACUAAACUUUACCGAACCAAAUGCUGCACCGGUAAAACAUACAGAAAAUGAACCACAGGAUGAGUUUUUUCCCUUAUUUCGCUGGACGCCUUCAUCAGGGUUUGAUGAGGAUUUGGUCUCCAGCUUCGAGAAGCUUGCCUCAAUCAAGAGCGUGAGUUUUGAAGAUAUUUCAAUGGUAACCUCAAGGUCUGACAGGUUUAAAACCAUUACCAGAAUGGGUUCUGACAUUAUUACCAAUUUUAAGAGAACACUCACGCCCUCAGUUUCUCACUGCCAGAGCAUUUCUGAGGAUUCUGAGACCCACCCACAAACUCCAAAGAAUGAGAAAUUGGACCAGAUGAACCUGGACGCUCUUAGCUCCAGAACCUCAAGCACUAACUUCUCCGAUGAUGUUUCAACACGUAGAGAAACUGACACACAUGAUCAGGAAAUGGUACAAACUCAUGUUCAGGAAAUGGUGCACACUCAUGGUACAAGGGUACCCACACAAACCACGCAACCUACACAAUUUACACAAGGUGUUAGAUUUGCUGAGGAAGCACAUAAUUUAACUCCUACAAGACAUGAUCAACCUAAUCUACGUCAAGUUGAUGUACAGAGAGAUGUACACAGGGAAAAUAGGGAAAAUAGAGAAGAGCAUAUGCACAGAGUUGUGCACAAGACGGGUGUACAUAGAGAAGUGGACAUGAGUAUUCAUGAGCAUAAGGUGACGUGUAUUCCUCCGUGUUUUAGGAUAAGUCCGAGGCCUGAGAAGGAGUUGAUAGAGAAGCCGAGUUACAACUCCUUGUGUACAAAGUGCAUGCACAAGGAGGAUAAAAUCCCCAAGGGCUUCAAGGGCAUGAUACUUCAACUUCCCACCAGAGGAAAUGAGGGGAAGCCCCGUGAGAAGUCUCCGCUUUUAAACAGGUCCAAGAUCAUACCUCAAACCGCUUUAACUGACGGCACAAGCAUCCACGACGUGUACGAAAUCAAGUCUGAGAAACUCGGCAACGGCAGCUACGGGAAUGUACUCAAGGGAGUACAUAAAGAGUCCGGAGCCGUCAGAGCCAUCAAAAUCAUACUCAAAUCCAAAAUCGAAAACGCCAUGAGAAUGAAACGAGAAAUACAAAUCAUGAAAACGUUGGAUCACCCGAAUAUAAUAAAGUUAUUUGAGGUGUACGAGGAUGCGGAUUGUUUAUAUUUGGUGAUGGAGAUGUGUGUGGGUGGCGAGUUGUUUGACAGGAUCGUGAGUACGAAUGGGUUUUCUGAGGCGUACGCAGCCUCGAUAAUGAGACAAGUGUUUUCAGCAAUCGCCUACUGCCAUAACAGGAACGUAUUGCACAGGGACUUGAAGCCUGAGAAUAUUUUAUACAUGAACGACAAACCCUCCUCCACCAUCAAGAUCAUUGACUGGGGGUUUGCCACAAAGUGCUACAGGACACACAAGUUCAGUAGUUUGGUGGGAACUCCAUACUACGUGGCACCGGAGGUUUUACUGGGUAACUACGACAAGGCGUGUGAUAUCUGGAGCGCCGGCGUUAUUCUCUUCAUUUUACUGGUCGGAUACCCGCCAUUCCACGGAAGCAAUAACACUGAAAUUCUCAACAAUGUCAAACGGGGAACUCUAAAGUUUGUGGAGAAACACUGGAGCCACGUGUCAAAAUCUGCAAUUGACCUUAUUAAAAGGUGUUUGCACUACAUUCCAAAGAACAGAAUAACUGCCGAGGAAGCUCUGAAUCAUGAGUGGAUUCUCAGAAUCAGAACAAUUCCACAGUCAGUAGAGCCGCACAUAUCCAAAAGCCUAACAAGACGUUUUAAGAAGUUUCUUAAAUAUAAUAAGAUGAAACAAAUGGCACUUACCUGCCUGGCGUAUCAUCUUAGUGAACGGGAACUUGCACCUCUUACCAACGCCUUUGAAUCACUGGAUAAGGACGGAGAUGGCGUCUUGUCACUCGACGAAGUCGCCAACGGACUCAAACACUCCAAACAAUCCUCAUUCCACAUCGAACAAAUCGUCAAAGGAAUCGAUACCGAUCAAUCCGGAAUCAUAGAGUACACGGAAUUUGUGGCGGCGGCGAUAGAUGCGCGUUUGUAUAACCAGAAGGAUUUUUUCAAGAGGGCGUUUAACAUUUUUGACACUGACCGUGACGGAAGAAUAACAAGGGAGGAUAUGUACCGCGUUUUUUCAACUGAAUCUACCAAUCCUCGCAUGACACAAGAAAUGGUCGAAGAUAUUUUAGAAGAGGUGGAUUUGGACCGUGACGGAACGAUAAGUUACGACGAAUUCACAUCCAUGCUCUCAAAUCGACCCGAGGAUGAUUAAUUUUCAAACAUACAUUUAAUAUUCUUUUCAUACUGUA